GUAAAAACUUGAUCUUGAUUGCUGUAGUCAAACAGAUGGAGACAAGACAUGGAGCUAGUCAAAGUUGUAUUAACAUUACUUGCUUGCUGGUCAGUCGCGGCACAAUAUCCGUACAGUCGGAUCGUUGAACCAAGUGUGCUGACUGAGGGUGGGGACUACACCGUGUCGUGUAACUCUGAUCUCGCCGGAGUGCCAGGCAAGGGACAGAACCUAGGCUUGUUAUCUAUGUCGAUCGGAUGGACGAAUGAAAUAGAUGAGAUGGAAACGUUUGUAAGAUACAUGGCUAUCACCAAGGAGAAAUAUUACCGUACAGAAAACAACAUAUAUGAAACAAAUAUGAGGUUCUGGACCUAUCAAAUGAGAGGUCCAGACAGAGUGAAUUCCCAUGGUUGGCCCGAUAGAGAUGCAAUCAAUAUGACACUGUCAUCGAAAAAUGCGAAAUGGCAAGAGUCUGGUAUAUUUUGUUGCAACACUUCCUACCUGGAUAUGAAUGAUGAUAUUCGACAUGCAUCUAGAUGCAAGAAGAUUAGGGUGACCCACAAUAUCAUAGUGAAUAAACCAGAAGCGAAAGUAGAGGGAGCCUUCACUGUGACAUGUGACUCUAAUUUGGCUGGCGUGCCGGCACAAACCUAUGGCUUGUAUUAUUUGGCCAUCUUGUUCAUGUAUCAGGGGGAAGAAAGAUUGUACGCCAGAUUAGGCCUGGGUUCCUAUCCUCUCAAAGUUAGGAGGCCGCCAUCGCCACUGAGGAACUGGACGUUUAAUUUCUAUGGGGUAGAAACUUUGGACGCACACGGUCGACUGGAACGGGACAAAGCAAAAACAGAACUGGUGAUCAGGGAUACAAAGUAUUCAGACUCGGGCAUGUAUUGUUGCGAGGCAGCAUAUUUCACUCUUUAUACUGACGACGAGCAAGAUGUCAAGCGUUGUCAGAACAUUACAGUCACCCAUAGAGAGAUUGUAGAGCCGAAAGCAGUUUCUGUUGGUGAACCCUUCUCAGUAUUCUGUGAUGCCGACUUGGCUGACGUGCCCGAUUUGAUCUAUGGCGUACGACAAUUUGUGUUGAUGUGGUCAUCUGGUACAGAAAACCCUGAAGCAAGAGCUUUCAUGAACAGUAGAUUGCUAAAAUCGGUUCUGAUCUACUCUGCCAUAUGA